AUGCCUAAUGUGAGAGGAAUGAGAAGUCAGAAGAGAGCCGUCCUCAGCGGCGUGGCGCAGUCAGUGGUGGUUUACGGCGCUCCGGUAUGGCACGAAGUACUGCGCAUCGAGCGGCAUCGAAGCACGCUAAUGAAGUUGCAGAGACGUAUGUUGCUACGUGUUGCGAGUGCAUACAGAACCGCCGCCACGGAAGGUUUGUGCAUUAUCACGGGUACAAUACCAAUCGACUUGCUAAUAAAAGAACGAGUAGCCGUUUUCGAAAGGCUAGGGGAAGCGGGAUUUGCCGUGGUCGCACGCCAACGCACUGUGGAGGAAUGGCAACGCAGGUGGAACGCCCACACAACCACCACGCAGUGGACGAAGACUUUGAUCCCUGACCUGCACUCGUGA